AUGGCGAUGGCUUACUGGCACCCUUUGCUCCCCACAGCCCUGCACGAGUAUGAGGAUCUUCAGAGAAAGCAAGAAACUACAGCCAUGGAAUUCAAGAGGCUGGAAGAGGAGCGAGACGAGGCGAUGAAGAAGCUCUCUGAGUUCCAGCAAGUUGCCAAGUGUGAAGCAGCGGGAAUGAGGAUCAGCACCUCCAAAUCUGAGGCCAUGGUUCUCAACCGGAAAAGGGUGGAGUGCCCAAUCCGGGUCGGAGAUGAGUUCCUGUCCCAAGUGGAGGUGUUCAAGUAUCUUGGGGUCUUGUUCAUGGGUGAUGGGAGAAGGGAGCCGGAGAUCGACAGACGGAUUGUCUCUCAGAUGGUCAUUGAAGAGGUCAGCGCCAUCCAGGAGAACCUGGAGAUUGAGCGAAUGUGCAGAGAAAGUGCUGAAGCGCUGGCCUCCAAGCUGGACAGGCAGAACCGCUCUCUGAAGAGGAAGAGUAUGAUGUUGCUGUCUCACAUCAGCCCUGAGACCAUUGCUGAUAUCGACCUUAAUGAUGAAGCAGAAGAGAGUGAGGACCUGCAUGCAUCGAGCCAAGACUGCCUCUCUCCUCAGUGCUGCACCUCCAUCUCAGUGCUGCAAAAUAAGUUGGAAAUGACAGUUAAGGAGAAAAAUGAAGCACUCUCUGAUCUUGAGGCAGUAAGAGAACAACUGAGGGCGACCAAGGAGGAACUGCUGAAGGAGAAACAUGAUAAUACUGUUCUGAUUGCGGAGACACUUCGGCAAAAGAAGCUGCUGGGGAAAUAUCACAGAGUGUCUCAGUUAGCUGUGGAGGAAUAUGAAACUUUACACGACACCUUCAACCUGGAGCGAGAUCUGAGGACAGAGGCAGAAAAUUAUGCCAGAGCUAUGGUGGUCGAGCAAAAGAAGCUGAAGAGACAGAGUCAGAUCCUGAUGCAGAGCUCCUCACCAAGUCAGGCUCUGCAGGAUGCCCUCAGCCAGGUGACCAGACUGACAGAGGAACUGGAGACACAGAGGCUGGCGCACCAGAGCCAGAUAAAGACGAUGGAGGACAUGCUGGGGAACAGCGAAACUCAGAGGGAGCUUAUAGCAUUGAGGCACACACUGGAGCUCUUGGAGGAGGAGAAGAAGGAGUACAGCAAUAAAUGCUCCAAGGCUGAACUGGAGGUCAAGGAUCUGAGGUUUACAGUUGAAGAGCUCCAGAAAAAGCUUCAGGCAGCUACCAACCCACCCCCAGCUCCAACACCUCCACCUCCACCUCCUCCACCUCCUCCAGCCCCGCCUUCAACCACGAACCCACUCAGCACACUGGUAUCACUGAUUCGAAAGAGAAGAGGCAUCAGAACCGACAUCCCGCUGGUGGAACAGGACUCUGCCAAGACACCAGAAGUGGAUGUCAGGCAGCAGGCAGUGGAGGAAAUGAUGCAAAGGAUUAAGAAAGGUGUUCAGCUUCGACCUGUCAACCAGUCACCCAACAGGACCAGGAAACAGAUGGAGAAGCUGCCCUCUAAUUCUGCUAUUCAGGAACUUAAAGGAAUCAUGGAGAAUUUUAACAGAACUGUACAACAACCAAAGGCAGCGUCUCCAACAACAACCCGAGACGACGAGCUGCAGAGGAUUCUGCUGAGGCGGCGGGACGCGCUGGACGCCUAACACAAAGGUCAGCGUCCUCGUCUCUCCCCGCAGUGUGACGCCACCUGAGGAUCCACGUGUACAGAGGAUGUGGG